UCUUGGAUCAUAAGGAGAGCUGAUGCACUUUACAAGAACAACAUAAUGACUUUGUAUCUUGGAGAUGAUUCGAUUUUUAAUGGUCUUAGAUCAGAUGCACUUUGUGAGAAUACUACCUUGACUUCGUAUUUUCAAUGUAAUAACAAUAUUACUACUAUUAUAAAAUAA